GAAGCGAAAAAAUUGCAAAUAAUUCCCACGCAGGCAGAAAAAUUAUUUUUUGUGGUUUUCUCGGGAUUUUUCGCGAUUUUGGCUGAAUUAUUUUACACGGUAAUUAGCUAAAUCUGCAGGAAGUUUUCUUUAGCAGUCAGGAAGUACAUUGUGGGGGAGGAAAAUUGAAGGAAUACGAGCACCAUGGCAACCACGGAGGAGCAUCAGGGCAUCACAUUCAAUUUCUCCCAUUUCCGGCUGGAGAGAAUCCUCAACAGCAACACGAGUACCAAGCUGGUGUCCCUCCUGGGGCACUUUACGGAUUUGAGUGAGGAAAAGUGGGCUGUGGUGAUUUUGGAGAAGAAACCCUUCACGGAGGAAGACCUAACCUCAAAGGGGCUAUUCAGUGAGGCAACAAAACUCCGGGAGGAGUUUGUGAAUGAUAUUUAUGGGAAUUUUGACUGUUUUCCCCAGCCGGAAAUCAAUAGUGUGAAGACAACGGUAAUCUAUCCGGCAACACAGAAGCACAUUGAUAAGUACUCCAAGCAGGAAGUUCACAUUGUCCAGGAAACCCAGGAAUUGUAUCAGGAGGUUACACUUAAACACAUUGAGAGGGAACAGUUUUCACUAGAGUGGCUGUACAACAUCUUGGAGCAUAAAAAGGAGAAGGAACGGAUAAUUUUUGAGGAUCCAUGCGAGGAGACGGGGUUUAUUUUACUCCCGGAUCUCAAGUGGGAUAACAAGAAUCCGGAGACGCUUUACUGCUUGGCUCUGGUCCGGAAGCACGGCAUUAAGUCCGUGAGGGACCUCAAUAGCAACCAUCUGCCGCUUCUGCGGAAUAUCCUGACCAAAGGUGUAGCUGCUAUUGAGGAGAAAUAUGCCGUUGGGCGUUCACAGCUUCGUAUCUACCUGCACUACCAACCCUCCUUCUACCACCUUCACGUUCACUUCACCUACCUGAAGCACGACGCUCCGGGGAUUUACUGCGAGAAGAGCCACCUCCUGGAUACGGUGAUAAGCAAUAUUGAAUUAAUGCCGGAUUACUACCAACGUGCCACGUUGUCUUUUGUCGUGCGUGAGAAUGAUCGCCUCUGGGAUGACUUCCGCGGAGACUCCCGGAAGGCCAUCAAGCACGACUAAGUGCUUAAGGGGCGUGCUUAUUGAGCACCGUCCCAGAUUGCAAUCUGCGAGCAUUUUUAUCCAUCUCGAGGAGACAAUUAGUGAAACGGUGAGGGUUAGUCUCAAGCCCACAGAGAUCACCCUGAGCUUCCCCUGUGACAACAUCCGGAUCCCCCUGGAGCACUUCCAGCUCAACAUUCACACCCUGAGCUCAAUGGUGGCCACUGGGAGGCACAUUAGCUUCCGGAUCAGCACAAAUGUUGAUCAGUUUGACGAAGAAAUCCUUCCAGGGGGACCAAGUACAGCUGGAAUCACUUCCGGACUCGCAAUUCCCAUCAAUUUGAAACCAAAUCGUGACUUUGGCAUCAUCUGUGCCAAUUGUCGUGCAACCCUCACGUGCCAGGAGAAGACCUUCAUCCGUCGCAUCCUUGAACUCCCCUCAGAAACAUCAGAUGCAUCCGAUUGGUUCUGCCACAGACCCUCAUCGAGCACCACAAGCGCCUUCACCCCCAAAUCCGAUGAAAUCUUCUACGGGAACUACCUCUUCACCCUCCAUCGGAGCCAUCUGACCAAAGUUCGUGAAAAGGGCCCCCUUAUCUUCUGCCGCCGAUGCCUAGCGCUUCUCGGGAAGACACUCGAUAGCAAUCGUGUUAAGCUCUGGAAUGACAGCAUCCUCUUCCACACCAAUAAUGGCCAGGAGGGCCCACUCAUGCCAAAUGCAAAUCAAAUCCAAAAUUUCUGCACAAUUAUCCGGAAACUUCUUGUGGACUUCACAAUGGCCGGUCUCUGUGGUCUUGCGCAUUUCCACAAAAUAAUCUUCACAGCUCAUCUCCCCAAUGGGCAGCCAUAUCAUCUCCUCCUGCAGAUUGUGGAUAAAAAUCUCGAAAUCUUCCAUUCGAGCGCAUCAGGGGGCACGCAGCUGACCCUCCGGAGGGGCACAGCAAUCAAGGUGAUGUACCAAAGGGGCCAUGAGGAUACAAUUCCGCAAUUAAAAGACUGGCUGAGUGACACGAAUGUCACACAAGUGGAGAUUUCGUGCAAAAUGCUCCAGGAAGUUCUGAAUGUCUUCGCUGAAAAUGCUCAGGUUCUCCCGCAGGUGUACAGAAGUAGCUGUGGCUUCCACCUCAGCUAUUUGUUUCUCUAACAAAUAUUUAGUUCUUUUUUUUUAACUUGUACGUAGGAAUUAUUUAUGACAAGAAAAAUGUGAAUUAAAGAAUUAUUUUGCAAUAAAAAUUGGAGUUUCUUCUGUGGGUGAGAUGAA